UGCAAAAUGACCGGUGAUUGUUGCGUUUUCAAAUUCCUCCCGCGAAGUGUGGACGCUGCUUCAGUGAGGAAAUUUUUUCAACAACAUUUGAGUCAUCAUGAGCGCUUCAGUCUCCGAGUUACAAAAAUAUCAUCUUCGAAUAAUUGAAAGGACCUAGCCUGGCGCGAUUAACUGCCCCAAGAAAAGUGAGACCAAAAAACUCAAAAUUUUACAAAUGUUCCCAUGAACGCUUCUGCCACCCAAACAUUUUGCAGCUUUUGAAAGCCACUAUCUUUAAAUAACUUAAAAUGUCUGGAAUCAUUGUUUAUCUGACAUGAAAAUAUUUCUCUAACCAAAGUCGUGUCAUACGAGAUAAAACGUGAGCGAUGACGUCAGCAGAUCUACAAACGUUAUUUCUUUUUCUUCGCGAGGGCGAGCAAUGCGAGCGCGCGUGGACGAGCGUGGAUCGCGUGGAAUGUCUUUCCACAGGGCCUCCCCGUUGCUUUCGGCCUUCUUUUAAUCCCCUGCUGCGAUUAAUACUUUUGCUUGCGAUCUCGACGAAUUCACGACAAAAUAUAGAGGGUCUAGUGGUUAGUGAUUCUUUCGAAUUCUUCACCCAGGGGCUGGUCAAACGUGGUAUAAAAGCGGCCCUCACUUUGAAAAUUGCCCUGUUUUUAACACCGCUGAUGUUUGGAACCGGCUGUCAGCAAAUCAAGAAAGAAGUUAAAAGGAAGACGAGGCGCCGGCGAUGGUUGUGGCUUGUCGUAGAAAAGAGAAAACGUAUCCAUGGCCGAUAGAGGCCUGUAAACUACUGUUCCUAUGGAGAGGAAACUGGACACGAUUGUUUGUAACGCCUGGGGGUUUUCUUCUGCAAUAGAUCCCGGGCAUAGAUACAAGAAACUCCUCUUAUGUAAUACCUGUGAUUUCUGCACUAUUUUCGAGCAUCUAACAAUGCCAGAAGGACCAGAACUAUACAAAAACAGCCAAUUCGUUAACAGGGUUUGCAAAGGACUCAUUUUCAGCGGAAAGAUCGUGAAAUCAGCUGUAAGCGUCAAGAAUCCCGAUGUUGAGUUUCCCGCGUGUGAUUAUUCCAUUCACUCUGAAUCAAGAGGGAAAGAAAUGGCGCUUAUUUUAACGUCACUGAACUCGGACAGCAAAGGAAAGAAAAUCAAAAAGGAGAAUGGCAGUGAAUGUGAACAGAAAAGGAUAAGGAUUCUCUUUCGAUUUGGAAUGUCUGGAAAGUUUACAUUUGGCCCGAUCAAAGACUUGCAUAAGCAUGCUCAUUUGAACUUUUACACAAAGGAGAAGCCAGUGAUGGUGUUGAGUUUUGUGGACGUUAGAAGAUUUGGUCGAUGGGAGUUGACAGAUAUGUGGUCUAAAGACCGAGCACCUGAUCCAAUGUUUGAGUAUGAGGAAUUCAGAUCAAACAUUCUUGAUAAUCUUGGGGACAGGAUAUUUGACAAACCUCUUUGCGAAGUUAUGCACAACCAGAAGUACUUUAAUGGAAUAGGAAACUACCUCAGAGCUGAGAUAAUAUUCAGAGCUGGAAUUCCCCCUUUUACUUGUGCCCGAUCUGUGUUUGAAAAACUGAAAAUUAAACAGGAGGAAGGCAUUACCAAGAUGUCAAAAGAAAAGAAAUGCAAACUUGAACAUCCUGACAUCCUUGAGCUUUGUAAUGUUGUCCCCAAAGAAGUGAUAAAUCUGCCUGGCAAAGGCUAUGAUCCAGCAGGAAAUCACCCUGAUUACUCAGCAUUCUGUGAUUGGCUUCAGUGUUACUAUAACCCUGAAAUGAGGAACAUUGUGGAUCAUGAUGGAAGAACCAUGUGGUUUAAGGGUGAGGCUGGUCCAAUGGUUCCUAAAGAAGCAAAAUCUAGAGGUAUGCAAAAAUCUAGAAAGAGAAAGCAAGGAAAAGAAACAAACACAGAAGUUAAUGGACAGGUCGAAAUCAAAAUGAAACCGUCUCCUCCUAAGAAGACUAAAACAAAAGCACGACCAAAAGUGACAAAUAAAACAGAAGCCAAAUCUGGAAGGAUGCAAAAAUCUAGAAAACAAAAACCAGAAAAAGAAAAGAAAGAGGUUAAUGGAUAUGUAGAAGUCAAAAUGGAACCUUCUCCUCCAAAGAAGACUAAAACAAAAGCAAAACCAAAAGUGACAAAUAAAUCAGAAGUCAGCAAGAAGAAAGUUGUUCAGAAACAAAGCAGAGUCAAAACACCCAAAGUGAAGCAGAAUGCACCUGUCAGGAGAAGUCUACGUAUUAAAAAAGAGAGUGACAAGUAGAUAUGGAACAGUCUGUUUAACUAUAUGUAACUUUUAACUAUAACAUAUAUAAUAGUGUGUUUUUAAACUUCUAGAGUGACACAAUGUUACAAUUCAUAGUCUGGGACGGAUCU